UGCCCACUGCGCCAGUCUAUGAAAAAUGUCGGGGAGGUAAACAAAGUUAUUAAUAGUCUCUUUUGGGAAAUCUUAUUUUUUAUAAUUUACUAAGCAUAUAGCCCGCAAUGAAAGAAAUAUGCCGAGCUUGCAGGCGAAAGUCGGCAAACCUGGCCAACAUCUUCGAGUGGAAGCCAGAUCGGGGAAUCUCCAUAGCCCAUAUGAUAGCCGAAGUCACCGGCUUUGAGCUCGAAAUAGGGGACGCCCUUCCGGAGUUCAUUUGCCCGCCCUGCCUGGAGGACGCCCGGAAUGCAUUCGAUAUCAUAAAAACCUACGAGCGCAGCUACGGGAUCUUUUGUGAGGCCAAAGACGCGAUACUGGAGGACGACUUAUCAGAGGCGGAGGUCUGCCUGAUAUCAGACAGCGAGAGCGAGAGAUCGUUCUAUGCCAAGAACGGGGCGUCGAAUGGAACCGAAGUCGUUGCGAUAUCGGAGAGUGAAAGUGAUCCAUCGGAUCAUCAGGCACAGACCGAUGCCGAUGCCAUCCAAGAGGAUGAUUCCAAUAACAACGUGGUCGCUAGUGCUGAAACAAAGAAUGAGUCCACCGAAGAUGUCAAGGUGGCUAUUGACACAACAAGGGAUGAAAGCUACCAAGAUGACAUUAAGAAGGAAGAUCCCGAUGAUAGUUAUUACGUGGACGAGAGGCUUGGCUCAAAGAAGGAGCUUAAUACAUCAGGUGACGAAAGCUAUCAAGCUGACCUCGCGAAGGAAGAAACCGAUGAUAGUGAUUACGUGGAGAAGAGGGUGCGCUCAAAGAAGCAGCGGAAGAAGGGGAAGCACAAGUGUUCCUAUUGCCCAAAGACCUUCUCGCACCAAUGUAUACUCAAGGAGCACAUCCGCGUCCAUACGGGAGAACGGCCGUUUAAAUGUGCCACAUGCCAACAGUCCUUCCGGAUCAAGCAGCAACUCUCAACUCACAUCCUGUCGCACACGGGCGAACGACCUUUCAAGUGCAGUCAGUGCCCAAAAGCCUUCCGGGAUCAGAGCGGUCUGAUCCAUCACACCAAGAUUCACUCGGGCAAGAAACCGUUCCAGUGUUCGCUCUGCUCGAAGCGCUUCGGCUUCAAGGGUAAUCUUCAGAAGCAUUUAAGAACCCACACGGGCGAAAGGCCCUAUAAGUGCAAUAUCUGCCUGUCGGCGUUUUCGGAGCAAACGAACCUGAGACAGCACAAGCGGAUCCACACCGGGGAACGACACUUUAAGUGUAGUUAUUGCGAGGAAACCUUCAUGUACAAGGCUAGUCUGGACAGGCAUAUACGGACCCACACAACGCCAACCGAUGGCACUGUUAGACGUGGCAGGGUUCCCUCGGGGAAGAGGGAAUUCCAGUGUCCAUCCUGCCCAAAGUCCUUUCCCCUGAAUUGUUAUCUCAAGCGUCACAUGAUGAUUCACACUGGAGAGCGCCCGUUCAAGUGUGAGCAUUGUGAAAAAACCUUUGUGAUACGCGGAAAUCUCACCAAACACCUAAAGAUCCACACUGGCGAACGACCCUUUAAGUGCACCAUCUGCCUGUCAUCCUUUACGGAGCGAACGAAUCUGAUCCAACACAUGCGAAUUCACACAGAUGAAAAGCUGUUUAGGUGUGAUAAAUGCGAAAAGGUUUUUCUGGACAAUUACCGCCUGGCGAAACACGCGCGGACUCACAGUAACAAGCCCUUCAAGUGCGACCACUGCAAUAAGGCUUUUCCGGAUGAGGAUCGUCUCGAGAGACAUGCGCGGAAUUACACACAGUCUGAGCGGGGCUGCCUGAGAAAAAAACUCAAGUACUAUGCCCUGGAGAAGAAGGUCAAGUGUCACCUUUGCCCGAAAGCCUUUCCGUAUCAAUCACUCCUUGUGGCCCACAUGCGGAGCCACACCGGAGAACGACCUUUCAAGUGUAGCCAUUGCAAAAAGGGCUUUAAGCUGAACAGUAGUCUUCACAAUCAUUUGAGGAUUCACUCGGGCGAAAAACCCUUCAAGUGCAACAUCUGCGGGAAGGUUUUUUCGGGUCCAUCAAACCUCAGCCACCACAAAAAGAUACAUUUGAAGGAAUCUCUUAAAUACACGGUCAACAUUUUCGAAGGCUCAGGAAGUCGCGGCAUUUCCAUAGAGCACAUGAUAUCGGAAGUCACCGGCUCAAGGCCAGCGAAGGAAGACUCAUUCUCGGAUUCCAUUUGCCCGCCCUGCCUGGCAGAUGCCCAAAGCGCAUACGACAUUAUACAAACCUACGAGCGCAGCUACGGAAUCUUCUGCGAAGCGAAGGAUGCGAUCCUGGAGGACGACUCGCCGGAGGAAGAAGUCAGCCUGAUAUCAGACAGGGAGAGUGAGGGGACUUUAUGUGCCAAAGAAGCCCUUGAGAGCAAGGAGCAAGUGAUACCAAAUGGCAGGUCGAGUGCCCUGAAGGAGGCCAAGAGGCAAAGGAGAAGACACAGAUGGACGGAAAAGGAGAAGACGCACCAGUGCUCCCAGUGCCAGAAGGCUUUCCAGACCGCCCCGAUUCUAAAGCGGCACAUCAAGCGGGCCCAUGCGAAUUAUCGGCCCUACCAGUGCAGUCACUGCCCAAAGGCAUUUGUGGAGAGCUACACCCUGAGGCAUCACAUCAUGACCCACACGGGCAAUAAGCCGUUCAAGUGCUCGCGCUGCCCGCUGGCAUUCACGAAGGAUUUUAGCCUGAGGAAGCACUUCAGCCAGCACACUGGAAACCGUGCCUACAAGUGCUCCCAGUGCCCAAAGGCCUUCUACGAUCAGAGUGGUCUCAAUCAGCACUUUGUGUUGCACUCGACGGAGCGACCGUUUGAAUGCCCUCACUGCCAAAGGUGCUAUACGGACGAGGCCAUUCUGCGGAGGCACAUCAGCAGGCACACUCGGGAACGCACGUUCAAGUGCUCCCACUGCCCGAGCGCCUUUCUGCACAACUCGGCACUGGUGCGCCACACCAUGAGCCAUACGGGAGAGCGGCCGUUUCCGUGCGGUCACUGCCAGAAGUCCUUCAUAGAUGUGACCUCCCUGAACAGACACGUACGGAUUCACACGGGGGAACGACCCUACAAGUGCUCCCUCUGCCAGUCGACCUUCUCGGAUCCAUCAACCCUCAAGCUGCACGGCCUGAUUCACACGGGCGAACGACCGUUUAAGUGUGACCACUGCGAGAAGGCUUUCAGGUCGCGCUCCGAUCUAAAGAAUCAUCUCAGGAUCCACUCGGGAGAGCGGCCCUUCAAAAGAAUGCCGAGGCCGUGUCGCAUUUGCUUGCUGAACUCGCAAGGCACGAUUACUAUACCAUCUGAUACCUCGGAAUCGGAAAUUCCUAUAGAGGAUGAGAUCUCUCGCUAUAAAAGGUUGGGUGUCCAGCAAGAAGAUUCAAUCCCUGACACAAUUUGCCAGAAGUGCCUGCAGGACGCACGGGAUUCGUAUAGGACUCGCCAAAUUUCAGAGCAAACCCACGAACCAAUGCCAACUAAAGUAAAUGAGGAAAUGGGACUUCCUGACGAGAAUCAUUUAAGGGAAGCGGAAAACCAGACAUUUCCGUGCCAAGUGAAGGAGGAGUUCCUUGAGGAGGAUGAGGAGUUCCUUGAUGAGGAGGAGUUCUUUGAUGAGGAUCCCAACGAGCAGUUUUACUCCCAGGACGAGCCCAUUGAAGAUGACUUCUAUGAAAGUGGUCACCCCGAUGAGCAAGUUCUAGAACUAGAACCUAGUAUGGGCAACGAAAACUCCAAACCAUUUAAAUGCUGCCUCUGCCCGAACUCCUAUCGGCUCCAAUCCCAUCUCAUUCGCCACAUUUUGGAUCAUGCGGCAGACCGACCAUUUAGGUGCUCCACCUGCAACAAUAGAACCUUUUCGACUAAACGCAGUCUAGAUAUACACUUAAGGACCCACAAGGACGAGGCAUCUUUUUCGAAUUCAUCGAAUCUGGACCCCCACGGAAGAAUUAACACAGAGGAACAGGUGCUGGAGAAGGUCCUUGAAGAGGAAUUUCCCGAUGAGAAGAUCCUUGAUGAGGAGACCCCUGAGGAGGAUGAUUCAAUAGAGGAGGAAGAUGAUUCAAAAGAAGAGGAGGACGAGGUGGAGUUCAUAUAUGACAAAAGGAGCCAAAUAUCAUCCGGCAAAGCUGAAGAAGUGAUUGAUUUCGAGGAGCAGAUAGACGAACUAAGGGAAGGGGAAUCCAGGUCGGAAGAAGAGACUCAUUACUUUGAGGCCCAAGUGAAGAACGAACCCAUUGAAGAUGAUUUUGAGGAGGAAGACGAUUCCGUAUUGGAAAUGGCAAGUGAUCAAGCCGACGAAGAAGUAACAGAUGACGACAUUGAAAUAGAAGUCAAAAGCGAACCCAUUGAAAGUAGUUUUCAAGAAGAGUUCAAUCGCUUACUGGGAAAAGCAAACGUUAAACCCGAUAAUCAAUUAAAAGUCGAUGAGGUUGAAAGGGCCCGCCUCAAUUGGAAAAACUCUUACAAGUGUUCCCAAUGCCAGAUAAUGUUUCGGAAUCGAGCCCAUAUGAUGAAGCACUUCCUCAAGCACACGGGAGAACUACCUUUUGAGUGUAGCCAGUGCUCUAAUUCGUAUAAAUCGAGAGUCUCCCUAAGGAAACACAUGAUAACGCACGGAGUGAUGCCGUUCCAGUGCCCCCAGUGCUCCAAGGGCUUCGAGCAAAAGGCCUCCCUGAGGAGACACAUUGGCAUGCACCGGGAGGAUCGGCCAUUUAAAUGCCCCCAAUGCCCGAAUUCCUACAGGGCGAGGGACAUCUUAGCGAAGCACAUAAAAGUACACGAGGAGAAGCCGUUCCAUUGCCCCCAUUGCACCAAGCGCUUCAGGGAAGAAGGUCCUUUGAAGAAUCACCUUACCAGACACGAGAACGAACGGCCGUUCAAGUGCCCCCACUGCUCCAGGGCAUUCGAGCUGGAAUCCACUCUGAAGAAUCACAUGCCCAGACACACAGAAGAGCGGCCGUUCAAGUGCCCCCAUUGCUUCCUGGGCUUCUUUCACGGAACCACGCUGAGAAAACACCUCAGCGUGCACACGGGAGAACGGCCCUUCAAAUGCUCCUUCUGUCCGAAAUCAUUCAGGCUCAAGGACACCCUCAAACGACACCACAGAACCCACACGGGCGAGCGACCCUAUCAAUGUGACCAAUGCGACGAUGCCUUUGCGGAUAAGACUGCCCUCAACAUCCACAAGCGACGUCACGCGGGCGAGCGACCCAACGAAUGCCCGGAUUGCCAGGCAACCUAUGUGGAUAGUGGCAGGUUCACGAGACACUUAAGGGCCUACACGGAGGAACGACCGUAUAAAUGUCUCUUUUGCGACAAGACUUUCAAGUCCAAGCUCUGUAUGAAUAAUCACUUCAAGUCUCACACCAAACUUCCUGGUGGAAUUUGUAUUUGAAAAAAAGCACUGAAAAAUGUUAGGCAGCUUUAACUGAAAUUAUUUAUAAGUGAAAAAGCUGAAAAUCAUAGUUUAACUACCUUUAUGGAACAAUAUUUAAAAUAUUCAUAUGGCGUAUGAACAUUAAAAUUAUUCUGAAAAAAGAAA